UUUCCCGAAUAACUUAAAAAGUAUGGAUUGACACAAGAAUUCUGUGAGUAAUUUUCAAAGAGAAGUUACAAGGUUGUGUUAUUUAUUCAUGACAGUGGUAAUAUAAUACUCAAGCAUCGACAAUGUUAGCACAAGGUUUUAAUGUACUACGUAGUCUACUGAGCUCUGAACCUCCACCGAAUAAAGUGAUUGAAACAAGGUCUGAUACUUUUACGGAUCGUGCCAUACAUUUACGUGAAGAUGGGUUAGUUCUUUACUUGCCAGCUAACAAUUUAACUAACAAGAAAGGAGCACCAUUUGAAAUUGUACUUCAUCGUCCUUAUACAGAAACUUUACAUCAAACCUACAGUUUAUACCGCACCCCAAAUCUUGAGGAAGCUGAAAUUAAAUUCUGUGUUUUGAAAGAUAAAUUACCAGUUUUCAUUGAAGUUUCAAAAGAAAUGUGUAAUGCUCAUGGAUUACAAAAGAUUUGUGAUGUUCUUGCUGAUCAUCCCUCAUGGAAUAUGGCUCAUUUGGCGGCAUAUUUUAGCUUGUAUGACUCAUUCAAAGACCCUAAAAUAAACAAUUAUUUAAAUAGUACUGAUGAUGAGACAGGGAUUUCUCCCCUGCAAGUGGCAAUUACUACAAAAAAUUUGAAAACUGUUCAAGUUCUAGUUGCUGCUAAUUGUUCAUUGGAACACUUGGAUUAUAAUUCAGAUUCUGUGUUUCACUAUGCUGCAAGUACUGCUAAGGAUAUUAUUUCUGCUUUAACCCAAGGAACUCCGCCAAAUUGUUUAAACGCUCGCAAUAAAAAUGGGUACACACCAUUGCAUCUUGCUUGCCAAGCAGACAAACCUGACUGUGUUAGGGCUCUACUGCUAGCAGGUGCCGACGUGAAUAAAACCUCAGGAUUGAUAGAUGAUAAUGUGCAACCUGGUUAUGUGGGUGACUUUCUUCAAAGCCACCCCAACAGUCUCUUUAAGGAAGACAUGAAGAUGGGUGGUACACCCUUACAUUGGGCCUGUUCACGACAGGUGAUUGAGGCACUCGUUGAUAUGAAUUGCCACAUUGAUGCUCUCAACUUUGAUAAAAAAACGGCUUUACAUAUUAUGGUGAUGCGAAAUCGUCUCGAAUGUGUGGUGGCUCUCUUAAGUCGACAAGCUGAUGCUAACAUUGGUGAUGCCGACGGAAAUCGUCCAAUUCACCUUGCUGUGAAACAGGGCAACGUGUCGAUAAUACAGUGUCUCAUAAUUUUUGGUGUUGACUUGAACAUCCUCAACAAUGCAGGGCAUUCAUCAAGACACUUGAUUACCAAAGAACAAGAACCCAAAAUUUUGUACUAUCUUCAUGCAGUUGGCGCUGAACGUUGUCCCCCGGGCACUCCAUAUUGUACAGAUGGUUGCAUACAUGGUGGUACAUAUGACGGUAUACCCCCUCCACCUGUCAUUGGACCAACUAACAGAGAAGUAUUGAAUCAAAUGUUGGAUGUAGCAGCAAUGGAAAUCGCCUCUCAGAAAUAUAAAGACGGAGAUUUUCCAAAGAAGGGACGACUUCUGUGUUUGGAUGGUGGAGGCAUAAGGGGUUUGGUGCUUGUAGAAAUGUUGCUGGAAUUAGAAGAUAUCAUACAAAAGCCAAUUAAUCAUUGCUUCGAUUGGCUAGCGGGAACAAGUACAGGGGGAAUUCUGGCUCUGGGAAUAGCCACUGGUAAAACCAUGCGAGAGUGUUUGUGUUUGUACUUUCGUAUUAAAGAAUACACUUUCGUCGGAAUGCGUCCUUAUCCAAGUGAACCAUUAGAAAAUGUUUUGAAAGAAACCUUUGGCGCAGAAACUGUCAUGGCUGAUAUAACACAUCCAAAAGUCAUGGUAACAGGCGUUCUGGCUGACAGAAAACCAGUAGAAUUACAUUUAUUCAGAAAUUACCAAAGUCCAAGUGAUAUCUUGAGUGUAGAACAUAAUUCACCAUAUGAACUACCUCUACCACCUGAAGAACAAUAUGUAUGGCAAGUGGGACGUGCUACAGGUGCAGCCCCGACAUAUUUCAGAGCUUUUGGAAAUUUCCUUGACGGUGGUCUCAUCGCAAACAAUCCAACUUUAGAUGCCUUGUCUGAAAUUCAUGAACAUCAUCUAGCAUUAAAAGCUGUUGACCGCGAAGAUGAAGCAACUCCAGUGUCAGUAGUUGUUAGUUUAGGAACAGGUUUGAUUCCGGUAACUCCCGUAAAAGAAAUAGAUGUUUUUCUACCUGGAAGUAUCUUGGAUGGAGUAAAAUUAUACAGUGGUAUAUCCACAUUAGGUACACUGUUAGUGGAUCAGGCAACUGCUAGUGAUGGAAGAGUAGUAGACAGAGCCAGGUCUUGGUGUUCCACAAUCGGUGUACCCUACUUCAGAUUUUCACCACAAAUGUCAGAAGAAAUUGCUAUGAAUGAAACUUCUGAUGAAAAAUUAUGUAAAAUGCUAUGGGAAACUAAAGCUUAUAUGUUUAAAAAUCUCAGCACAAUUAAACAAGUAGCCGAUAUUUUAAAUAGAGGUUAACGUAAAAAUCAUUAUAGCGUAAAUUUCGAUGUGAUAUAUAUUAAAUUUUUAAUUCAGUUAUUAAUAAAGGAAUUCAUGUGUCACAUAGUCAAAUGUAUUGAAGAAUUGCGAACCGUAAAUUUUUAUUUUUCAAGAUUUUUUAUACCUGUAAUAUUUCGUUAUUCUGUCAGAAUAAACAAAAGAAAAUGUUUGCUGUUUUAUCCUUCAAAAAGUAUUUUGGUGAAUCAAUUAGGCAUUCAGGUUAUAUAAGUGAAUUUUAUUGUUGUGGUUGAAAAGAAAAUUGGUGAUUAUCUUCACAAUAAAUUUAAAGAUUAAUUAUUAUUGUUAUUGUAUAACAUUAAAUUAUGUAAGUGUUAUUAUUUUUAACUUAAAAUGUUUGUUUUCAUAUACCAUAUUCCAAAAACACAAACUGUAACUGUUGACACAAUUUUGGAAAUAAUGGACCCAAAGUUUUCAAAUAGUUAUGUAUUUGAAGUGUUUGAUUGAACCCACUUUUUUUUUCUUUUGACUUAAAACUGCAGAUUAUAGAAAUUUCAAACUGAUGCAAUGUUUAAGUAACCACUAGUAGUUUAGUAACAAUAGGUAUAUUAUUAUACGAGCAUGUUAUGGUGGUUUAAAUCAUCCAAGUGAAUAGGAGCCUUAAUAUGCGAAUGUAAUAACUAUGCUUUAUCUAUAAUAUAUUUAUGAAAUAAUUUUCUUCCAAAGCAUAAAAAACUAACAAUAAUUUUAAUUACUUUUGAUAAUAGUUUUCAUGCAGCGCUAGUUAAAUUGUUGAAACAGUGGGUUAUCUAACAAAAGAGGGGCAAUGAGCACCACUGAAUAGUAAUUAAUAAAAAUAGGCUAAAAUAAUAACGCUCAAAUUAUCUUAUAAUUCAUUCAUCAAUCAAAAUGAUGACAAUGUUCCUUUUUUUUUUAAUUGUAGAAUGUAAGUACCCUUUGUUGAAGUUCGCACCUUUGUGACCAAAAGCCAUGACCAUAAAAUUAAAAAUACGUACAGGGCACUGGUAUGAACAAUAAUUACCACGACCUGAGAAAUUUGGUAUGACAAUAAGCAUUACGUUGUAAAUUGUUUACUCAAUACAUAUUUUUGUGGUGUCUUACAUGGUGGGAAUGAUUUAUAACUUAUUCCAUAGUAUACAAGUAGUUCUUAUUAGCAUUUGAGUAUGAAUUUGAUUUACAAUUAAUAGAUACAUAGAAUCUUGUUUUAUGAAAUAAAACUCUUGUUAGUUAGCUAUAUCUGGAUGUAGUUUCUAGUAAAUAUAUCAAAAUUAAUUUAUAUUAAACUGUAAAUUAGUAGAAUCCAGUGAUCAAAUCGCUUACAGAAUCUACACAACAAUGAGACUACUACUUUAUAAUAAAAAAAGGCGUAUAGUAGGCCAUGAAAUUUAUUUUUAAAAUAAUCAUGUAGGUGUUCCCAACAUAAUUUUUCAUAACAUUAAAUUUCUGUGGUUGCUAUAGAAGACUUUUUUUAGAUCACAUAGUAUUUUUUAUGAAACAGGUAUCGUGUAUAUGGUGUGAACAACGUUAAUACAAGAAAUUGUGUGAUAAAUGUAUAGACGGUUUUAUUACCGUAGAAUAUAACUAAUUAAUACGUUGAAGUUGUAGUUUCAGAUUUUAAUUUGAAGUCUCCUUUUACGUUCGCAUAGAACCAUUCUUUUGUGAUAUGUAGCACUUGUAGGUAUUCACUGUUUAACUAGUCCAGUUUGGGUCAACUUCACAUUUUAAUUCGAAAUUAACUUAAUUUUAUUGUAUGUGUCGUAUCAUUUAUGUAUGGCUAGCGCAAAAGAUACAUAUAUAUUUUAUUAGGUGUACGGAAUCGAAUUUUUUUUAAUUAAUACUUCAAGUAGUUGUAUCUGCAAAUGUCAUUUCCAUAGAUUUAAUUAGCGCACCUUUGAAAUUAUAUGUAUUACCA